AUUCCCCUCUUGUUUUUCUCUUUCUAUCAAGUCCUCUUCUACUAUUGUCUGGGGUAGCCUACAAUUGAUCAAUUGCUACUAUGGCGCCCUCUCUUCUGGCUCCAGCUCGGCGCAUGGGCCUUGCGCUCGCCGCGGGUCUCGUUCUCUUCUCCGCACUAGCUGUUGCGCAUGAUGCUAUCUCUGUAGGGGAUAUGUCCGUGGGACAAAUUGAGGAGGAGUUGCAGAACUGCCCCCUCGUCGAGUCCCUCAAUGAGCAUAAGCGCGCCGCAGCCCCCCAAACAGCCAGCUUGACGUCCAAGAUCUUCUCCAUCCUCUUCCCCGGCAGCCCUGCAGUCAAUGCUAUCCUGGCGACGAUCUACAUCUCCGGCCCACCCAACUUCCUCCUGGCCCUAUGCCCUCCAAACAUCGACCCUUCCUCCCUGUCCGUCAUGGUCGCCUUCGCCGUGGGCGGCCUCCUAGGCGAUACCAUCUUCCACCUGCUCCCUGAGAUCUUCCUCGGCGAAGACUCGCCCGACCACGUCCGCUUCGUGAUGGUCGAGCCGAACCGCAACCUCCUCCUAGGCCUUGGAAUCAUGGUGGGCUUUUUCACCUUCGUCGCAAUGGACAAAACCCUACGUAUCGCCACCGGAGGAGCAGGACACGACCACUCCCACGCCCACGCCCACGCCAACAACGACGACGACCACAAACCCACCAGCACAACAACCGGCGCCUCCCCGCAACCCUCCACCUCACUGAAACAGCGCAAGCCCGCAAGCAACAACAACACCACCUCUCCCCAACCCACCGACGACGACGAGAAGGAAAUCAACCCGAGCGUCAAACUGGGCGGCUACCUCAACCUAAUCGCCGACUUCACACACAACAUCACCGACGGCCUCGCCAUGUCCUCCUCCUUCUACGCCUCCCCGACCAUCGGCGCAACCACUACCGUCGCCGUCUUCUUCCACGAAAUCCCCCACGAGGUCGGCGACUUCGCCCUCCUCAUCCAAUCCGGCUUCUCCAAGCGCAAAGCCAUGGGCGCCCAGUUCGUCACAGCCAUCGGCGCCUUCCUCGGCACUUUCAUCGGGAUCGCCGUCCAAGAGCUCGGCGGGAAUACCUCCUCAGCAGCAAUCACCGAUAGUAGCCUGCCCUCCUCUGGCCUCCUCGGAACAAGUCUCACCUGGGGCGAUAUGCUCCUCCCCUUCACAGCGGGGACCUUCCUCUACGUGGGAACAGUCUCCGUUAUCCCGGAAUUGCUGGAAACAGGCAAGGAUAAACGCACGGAGAUUAAGAAGACCAUUGUGCAGUUCUUGGCUGUUAUGGUUGGGGCUGGGAUUAUGCUUGUCAUUUCGUGGGAUUAGAUGAUGAGUAUUAAUGUGGUAGCUUUCGAUUGAUUGACGAUUAUGAGAAGAAUGCAUGUUGAAAGAUGAAAGAUGAGAGAUGAGAUGGCAUAUGGAUAUAGAAUUAGUAAAUAAUGAUGGUGUGGACUGUCAAAGAAAUAGACAAUUUAAUAUGAUCGAGGUGUUAUAGAUUA